GACACGUGCGCCGCUGCUUUGACACUUGCCCCCUUGGCGAAACGCGACACGAUUUUUCUAUUUUAACGAGACGAGAUUUCGGAAAUUUGCGAAAUUGUUGGAAAAUGAACGGGCCGCUGAAGAUGUAUAGCACGAAACAGGUGGUGCAGCACGAUUUUCGGGUGCGGCUGCCCGAGUGCAUGUACAAAUUGAAAAAUAUCCACGCUGCAAGAAAUGGUGUGGUGGAACGGGGAACGGAUCACGUUGCGACGUCCACGAGAAAAUUGGAUAUAUUCGACCAGGUUAAGCAGUUUUUAAAGAAUUACCAAAAUAUUCCUGAGAUGGCUGCACUCGAAGUGAGGCAGGAGGAAAUCCUGCGACAACUAGCUGAGUUGAAGAAACAAAUGGACUCGAUCAGAAACACCCUGAAAGUGGCCAAUCAUGCACCAUUUCCGACUGUUAUCCUCAAACCCAAACAAGAAACGCCUCCAAGUCUUCCCGACAUUAUCAUAAACGCUAGCCCAACAAACCCACCAUAUUCGCUCGAGCUAAUCCAGAAACUAUGGAAGAACUACAUUUUCCUAUCAGUAAAAACCUACACCCACUCUAGUCUGACUACCUUGACUGAAAACGCGACUGAGUUAACUAAAAUUCUUGAAGCUUUUUCAGCAGAGACCAAUGUUCCUAAAGUCAACGUAAAGCUCAUUUGGAAGGAUGUAGGGGCAAACGUGGAAUUAUUGAUCUCACACCAGCCAAUUUUGGGUGAAGUAAACAUCCUGAGAUACUUAUCUAGAGUGAGUUCUGACCUUUUGAACUAUGAAACAUACAACAACACACAUGAAAUUGAUACUUUACUGGAUAUAUCAUACAACAUUGUGAAAGCUAAGACAAAGACUGAAAGAGGCGCUUUAUUGAAAGCGCUAAGUAAGUCACUGGGGAAGUCUCAGUGGUUAGCAGGGAGAAGUCAAGUCAGUGUAGCCGACCUUGCUGCCUACUCAGCCAUCAAGCAAGCCACCAGUCCCAGUGAAGUUAGCGUGUCUCUAGGGAAAUGGUUACAAAGGUGUGCAGCCUGUUGAUUCAAUAAACAAACUUAAUCUAAA